AAAGUUUUGCGUUCGGUCGUCUUUUCCAAAAUUUCAAACCCUUUCGCGAAUUUCUCGGUGAACUCAACCCCGAAAACGAUGGCCAUCGUUUGCUGAUGGUGCGCUACGCGUUCAGGAACACCGACCCUCGAAAAAACUAGCUGGAAAUCCGGUGGCCUAGUCACCUUCCCCCCACGAAGCGAGGCCCGAAUUAAAAUUUCUGAAAAGAAUUUUGUUGUUGCUACUUGGAGGUGCAAAAGAUGGCCUUUUCCAGCCACAUCAGCGAUAUCGUAAAUCUGAACGUCGGUGGAACGAGAUUUUCCACCUCGCGCCAAACACUGACAUGGGUCCCGGACACGUUCUUCACAUCACUGCUCAACUCGGAACGAAAUGGGCGCAUAUCAAGCUUGCGCGACGAAACCGACGCCAUCUUCAUCGACCGCGACCCUAAGCUGUUCUCGAUCAUCCUGAACUACCUGCGCACCAAGGAGAUCGACAUCCGGUCCUGUGACAUCCGCGUACUGCGCCACGAAGCGGAGUUCUACAACAUAUCGCCGCUGAUCAAGCGGCUGAUGCUGUGCGAGGAGAUGGACCAGAGCAGCUGCGGGGACGUGCUGUUCUACGGCUAUCUGCCGGCCCCAAACAUUCCAAUCCAGGAGGUGACGCUGCCGUCCUCGUCAACCAGCUCGGUGAGUGGUGUGACCGUUGCGAAUAGUUCUUCGAACGGUUCGACGGCGUCCGGUCAGUCCAAGGGUCAACCGCACAACGAACCACUUCCGUCGACGGCGAUUCAGCCGGGUACUGUACAGCAAGGUGUUGGCCCGUGUCACGCUGCCUCGUCGACGUCGAAUCCCCGGCCCGGCUCGAUGGUCCGCGUGCCGGAGUUUUCGCAGAGUUCUGGCUCGUCCGGAAGUAGCGCCGGUGGUGCAAGCGGAUCGCGCCACGCCGGUCACUCGAGGAACUCGUCGUGGGAUCUGCGCGUGUCGUACAGCGGCAACGGGCGCAACUCCCAGUGGGCACCGGGCCACUCGCGAACCGCAUCGCUGGACAUGAUGCGGCACCACUCUCGAAACUCUUCGGUCGAUCUGAACAAGUACAUCCGCAACGAUGUGGGGCUUGUGUUUGGACCUGGCCAAUCGUCCGGCUGGUCGGACCCGAUGCGCGUCCAAAUCAUCAAGGCGCAUCACAACUGGAUCUCGGUGGCGUACGCCCACUUUGUGACCUGCUACCGGCUCAAGGACUACUGCGGCUGGCAGCAGAUCUUCGUUUCGCCGUACGUCGAAGCCCCGAUCGAGCGGAUAGCGAUCAACGCCAAGAUGACCUCCGCCGGCGAACAGUCGCACAGCAAAAUGGUAGCAAUCUCGUACGGCAGCCAGAUCCGGCUGUGGGGAAUCUCGGAAGACGGCAGCAAGUCGGAGGUGGGCAUUUUCAACCUGAACGUACGCGUUGAGUACCUCUUCUUCAUCGGAAGCCAACUGGUGGCGCUCUCUUCCUCCGGCAAGAUUGGCGUCUGGCACGCCAUGACCCAGCACUGGCAGAUUCAAGAUCUGGUACCGAUUCUCGCCUUCGACACGGCUGGUUCGUUUCUUCUGCUCGGUUGUAACAACGGAUCAAUCUACUACAUCGACAUGCAAAAGUUUCCGCUGCGCAUGAAGGACAACGAUCUGCUCGUGACCGAGCUGUACAAGGACCCCUCGAACGAUUCCAUCACGGCCAUCUCGGUGUACUUGACGCCCAAGACCACAAGUCUCUCCGGCAACUGGAUCGAGAUCGCGUACGGCACCAAGUCCGGCUCGGUGCGCGUGAUCGUGCAGCACCCGGAAACUGUGGGUCACGGCCCGCAGCUGUUCCAGACCUUCACCGUGCACCAGAGCCCGGUGACGAAGGUCACGCUGUCGGAGAAGUUUCUCAUCUCGGUGUGCUCGGAGUACAACCACGUGCGGACGUGGCAGGUGACGCGCUUCCGCGGCAUGAUCUCCACCCAGCCCGGCUCGACGCCGGAAGCAUCGUUCAAGAUUGUAUCGCUGGAAGCGGUCGACUCGUCGUUGAGCUACUCGGCGGGCAAUGACUUUGGACCGUUUGGUGAGCAGGACGACGAGCAGAUCUUCGUGCAGAAGGUCGUCCCCGACACGGACCAGCUGUACGUGCGGCUGGCGUCGAACGGCGAUCGCGUCUGUCUGGUGCGAUCCGUUGACGGAACCACCGUCACGUCCUUUUGCGUGCACGAAUGCGAGGGAUCAUCGCGGAUGGGAUCGCGCCCGCGGCGGUUUAUCCUGUCCGGCCACUGCAACGGAGCCAUCCAGAUGUGGGACCUCACGACAGCGUUGGAAAUCUUCAAGAAGAAAGAUCAGACCAAGAAGCUGAUUGGAGGUCCGACGGCGGACGAGCUGAUCCGGCUGCUGGACCAGUGUGACCUCAGCAACAGUCACUGUUCGACGCCAUGUAUGUCACCGUGUCCGUCGGCACUCUCGGUCGGUGGCGGAACGGUAACCGGGGCACGACUGAAGCCGUUCAACGUUGCGUUUCUGAACCAGUCGGCGGCGGCGGCGGCAGCCGGGUUAGGUCCUGGUGGGAACGGCGCUGUCCAAAAUCCGGACCAACCGAACUGAUUGAUGCUGAGACGGCGAAGAGGAAUUUGAAAGUGGAUAUGCUGCUAUCUUCAGCUGUAGGCUUUGAAACGCGAGACGUCCUCCCAAGAAAUAGCAAAACACGUAUCUAUGUAAUCUGUCAUUGUGAUUUUAUCCUUGUAACGGACACUAUUUAGCAGUCGUUUGACGUCUUUUUCAAACUCUUCUCCAGGCGUUGUGAGCAUGACUUCAUUACGAAUUUAGACAGUACUACGAGAAAGGGCGCAGUCGCGUACUCUAUUAUUAUUAAUAGUUAUCCAAAUCCAAAUAUGUAGAAAGGAAUUAUAUUUUUAAUAAAAAUCUUUGAAAGUGA